AGAGAGAUAAAAAGGAAUGUAUUAGCUUUCUCGUCUUCUCUCGGCCUUCUUUUUUUGCUUUCAAUCCCUUCCAAGGUUCUCUUACUCGUCUGAGCCGGAGCUUCAACAGCAUCGACAAUGGCCGUCGGGAAGAACAAGAGGAUUUCCAAGGGGAAGAAGGGUGGGAAGAAGAAGGCAGUCGACCCCUUCGCGAAGAAGGAUUGGUAUGAUAUCAAGGUCCCAUCGAUCUUCAGCGUGCGGACCAUUGGAAAAACUCUAGUCACAAGGACACAGGGUACCAAGAUUGCAUCUGAGGGCCUUAAGCACAGAGUCUUUGAGGUUUGCCUCGCUGAUCUCCAAAAUGAUGAUGACCAGUCAUACAGAAAGAUCCGUCUCCGUGCAGAGGAUGUACAAGGAAGGAAUGUUCUGACAAACUUUUGGGGCAUGGAUUUCACCACCGACAAGCUUAGAUCACUUGUGCGCAAGUGGCAGACACUGAUAGAAGCCCAUGUUGAUGUCAAGACUACAGACAACUACACUCUUAGGAUGUUCUGUAUUGGUUUCACAAGGAGACGCCCUAAUCAGGUCAAGCGUACUUGCUAUGCCCAGUCUAGCCAGAUCAGGCAGAUUCGCCGGAAAAUGAGAGAGAUAAUGGUGAAUCAAGCUACAUCUUGUGACCUGAAGGAGCUGGUUCAGAAAUUUAUUCCUGAAGUCAUUGGGAAAGAGAUAGAGAAGGCAACCUCAAGCAUAUAUCCACUUCAGAAUGUUUUCAUCCGCAAAGUAAAAAUCUUGAAGGCCCCCAAGUUUGAUCUUGGGAAGCUGAUGGAGGUUCAUGGUGAUUACUCUGAAGAUAUUGGUGUUAAGGUGGAUAGACCUGCAGAAGAUGCUCCCGUGGAAGGGGAAACAGAAGUUAUUGGGGCUUGAAAACGAGGUUUUGUUUUAUCGUCAAAUUUUUGUUUAUGGAAUUGCAAGUAAUCAUUAAACUACAGUUGCACUGGUUAUUUGUCGACAGCUUUUAUGCAUGGACCCAUCAAUUUUGGUAGUAGAGUCUUAGAGAUAAUAGUUAUCCUGGCAUAUCCUUUUUAUUCUUAUUAUCCAUUUCUUUAAACCAAUAAGUUUUGAA